CUGCGGGGCCGCACCCGCCCCACGAGGAGCUCGGGGGGCGGGGGCGGGGGCGGGAGGGCCGCUGCCCGGUGGGGCCACUGAGGCCGGGGGGCCGGUCGUUGGCGGUAACGUGCCUCGGCGCCGCGCUCGUGCCGGGGCGGGCGGCGGUGCUCGGCCGUCGGCUCCGUCUUUGUGCCGUCCCGCAAGCCCGGCGCGCCAGCCCCGCCCGAUUCCCGCUCCUCUCCCAUUCAUUCCUGCCCCCCGAGCGAGGGGUCGGCCGAGGAGGGCCGGGGCCGCUCGCCCUCGCAGUGCUGCGGGAUUUUGGUAGUCAGGCCAUGCGGAGACGGUUCGCUUCCUUCCCUUUGCGGCGCGGCUGGCCCGGCUUCAGGGCGGUGGUCUUGGCCCCCAGGGUUUUGCGGCCUCCAGGCGGUGGAUCCAAUUUUUCAUUAGGCUUCGAUGAACCAACAGAACAGCCUGUGAGGAGGAACAAAAUGGCAUCUAGCAUCUUUGGGACACCUGAGGAAAAUCCUCCUUCAUGGGCCAAGUCGGCAGGUGCCAAGUCUAGUGGUGGCCGACAGGAUUCUGAGUCAUCUGGACCCCAGAGAAGGAACUCUUCUGAAGCGAACGCUGGAGACUUCUUAGAUCUGAAGGGAGAAGGCGACAUUCAUGAAAACGUGGACACAGACUUGCCGGCCAGCCUGGGGCAGAGUGAGGAGAAGCCUGUGCCCGCUGCCCCUGUGCCCAGCCCAGUGGCUCCGGCCCCAGUGCCGUCCCGAAGAAAUCCCCCCGGCGGCAAGUCCAGCCUCGUCCUGGGUUAGCUCCGAUUCUCUUGAACUCUGUCGUUUUGUUUUUGUUUCCUCCAUGCUUGUGAACUGCACAACUUGAGCCUGACUGUACAUCUUUUGGAUUUGUUUCAUUAAAAAAGAAGCACUUUA